AUGACCAUGACAACAUAUGACAAGGUCAAGACCAUUGGAGAUACAACAUUUUUUGAUAUACAAUUAGACGCAUACCGUGAAGAAAUUUAUACGCGAGAGGAAAUUUGCGAUAAUAUACUGACAAUGAUAAUAACGGGUAGUGACACAAUCAGUACUACGAUAAAUUUUGUUAUUUUUGUAUUGGCAAAUUUCCCCGAUAUACAGGAAAAAGCAUAUAAAGAAUUAUUGGAAAUUUAUGGCACUGGAACUGUAAAAUCUGUACCAGUUAAAUACGACCAUUUGAAAAAAAUGCAAUAUUUGGAUCGAGUUAUUAAGGAAACAAUGAGAAUUUUCCCUACUGUUCCUAUAAUUGGACGAGAAACAUCAGAAGAUUUAAAAAUAGGGAAUGUAAUAAUUCCAAAAGGUGCAGAUAUUAUUAUAGCAAUUAUGAAAAUGCACCGAGACGAAAAGUAUUGGCCAAACCCAUUGGUGUUUGAUCCUGACAGAUUUCUUGAAGAAAGAAAAAAAGAUUGUUAUCUUCCCUUCAGUACUGGACCAAGAAACUGUAUAGGUGCGGAAUAUGCAAAAAGAUGUAUGAAGGUGAUGCUGUCAACGUUGAUUCGUACUUAUAAAUUCAAAAUCAAUAAUUAUUUUGAAUUAGAUAAAAUAAAAUUGACAUUUGACAUAGUAUUGUCUCCUAAAGAGCCUUUCAAAGUAAUAAUUGAAAAGCGAGCCAAAACAGUAUAGAACAGUAUAGAAUUUAUUA